AUGGCGACAUUUUUAAUUUAUUUUUGUUUGACUUGUUUAUUGCAUGGUGAAUAUGAAUGGAAAGAUCCAGAAUCACCAGAUGAAAUAGUUAACAUAACCUAUAUCGACAAAGAUGGUAAAGAAACUCAAGUUAAAGGAAAAAUAGGUGAUAAUCUUAUGUAUUUAGCUCACAGGCAUAACAUUGAAAUGGAAGGAGCUUGUGAAGCAUCAUUAGCAUGCACAACAUGUCAUGUUUACGUGUUAGACGAUUAUUUAGAAAAAUUACCAACACCCGAAGAAAAAGAAGAAGAUUUAUUAGAUAUGGCUCCAUUUUUAAAAGAAAAUUCAAGGUUAGGGUGUCAAAUUGUUUUAACUAAAGAAUUAAAUGGAAUUAAAGUGAAAUUACCACAGGCGACUAGAAAUUUUUAUGUCGAUGGUCACAAACCCAAACCUCAUUGA